CUAUGUUCCCUUAUAUCCACAGCUCGCCACACGUCCCCUCUCCACUCCACUCCAAGCCGGCUAGCCCGCCGUCGCUGCCGCGUUCGCCACACGCGCCCGGCCGAUGGACACGGUUGCUCCCCGCCUGAGCCGCUCCUCGACGCGGUACGGCCCCGUCAGCAGCAGCGCCGCCUCCUUCAGCGGGCCCGUCAGGAAGUGGCGCAAGGCGUGGGUGCCCCUCGCCGGCGCCGGCGCCCCCGGCCCCGGGCCCAGGGGAGCGGCUUCACAAGGUAACAAGGUGGUGCUGUUCAGGUGGAUGCCAGUGAACGGCGGCUCGGGUGGGGGUGGGGCCGACGGCGGCAUGGAGCCGGCGGCGACCAGGCGGCGCUACGUCCCGGCCGCAGGCGAGACACAGAACACUACCAAAAAAGGCAACAGCAGCGAGCUAAACUUGAACCUUGAGUUGGAAGACCCUGAUGAUGACACUGAUGCCGAUUUGAGCACGGAUGAGCAAGGCGACGCAGAUAACCCACAACCAGAGAGCCGAUUGAAGAGGAAAGCCUUUUAAUCCCUGACCUUGAGAUAGGAUCUGAGCAUCUGCUCAUAUUCCGUAGCAAGGCCUCUCGUUUUACCUAAUUAACGUCUAUUGUUGUAGCAUGUAACUUGUAUCAGCCACCCUCCCUUGUUUGUUUCAGUCUAGAACUAGAAUGAUUCGUCAUCUAUGUUUGUCACUGCCAAUUGAGCGGUUAUCAUUUGUCACUCUUGUAAGAUUGUCAUGGAUUUGUGAUGUACUAUGUAACAUGGUAAUGUAAGAUGUAGGAGCUCCGAGGUUGGCAACCGUGCAUUUACAAAAAGAAUGCAUAGACCGCUGCAGCCUCUUGUUAUUGUACCUUUAGGGCAAUUGUAUUUUUGCCACUUGUUUGA